AUGAAGGAUAAUAAACUGGGACAACCAUCAGGGCACUCAAUCAGCUCGAACUUUUGGAAGAAGAUUUGGGGUAUCAAGGCACCCCCAGCCACGAAAUAUUUUCUGUGGAGAGCAGCUAGUGAGUCUCUUGCCACUAAUCUCAACUUGCACAAGAGAAAGGUGGUGGAGUCUCCACUUUGUCCUAUCUGCUCUAUGCAUCCUGAAUCAGUUGCACAUGCUUUCUGGACUUGUUCGGCAGCCCAAGAUGUGUGGUCUAUGAGCUCUAGAAGGAUACAAAAACUAUCUGUUUGGCACAAAAGGAAUUCUUGGCUAUUUGAGAAGCAUUUUCACCCUCCCAUCCAAGUGUCUAAACAGGUCCUUGCUGAGCUGAAUGCCAUUGGCACUUGGCUAGAGAACUCGGAAAAAAGGAUUAAGGUCCAGGUGCCUCAUAUCACACAAUGGUUUGCCCCUCCAACAAAAUUCUUUAAGGCUAAUUGGGAUGCAGCCAUAGAUAAAUGUAACUCGAGAUUGGGAAUUGGUGUGAUUAUCAGGGAUUCAGAUGCCUCUUUGUGUGUUGAAUUGGGAUUACACCAGUUCAUCUUAGAAGGGGACUCUCUUGGUGUGGUGAAGGCUGUCCAACAAGGAAAGGAGAGUUGGAGUUCAACUGGUAUGGUUAUUAGAGACAUCAAGGUGUUAUUAUCCAAGGUUCGUGGAUGGUCUAUCCAACAUGUUCCUAGGGAAAUCAAUGUAAUUGCCCAUGUUUUAGCAAAAUUUGCCCUGACCUGCUUGGAGGACUGUAUUCUCAUUGAGGACUAUCCUUCAUGUAUUCAGCAUUUGCUCUAA